CUCCCGCCGCCAGCGUAGCACGUCUCUGCGGUCUGGAGCGAGCGCGCACCCGUCUGCUCUGAUCGCCGCCCUCAGCGAGCGCCCGAGCGUGCGCUGCGCCGCGCCGCCAGCCUCUGCCUCGCCGCACUUGACACUCCUGCCGCUGCCGGCCUCGCAGCCAUGGGCCGUCUCUUCUCGCGGCGCACCUCGACGCUGCUGCUGAGCCUGCUGGCGCUCUUCCUGCUCGGCACCGUCAUCUUCCUCUCGACGGUGCGCGCCUACUUCAGCAUCGACGACAGCGCCUACAUCCUGCCCGAGGAGCUCGGAACGUGGGAUGAGAUCCAGUGGGGCGGCGAUGCCGACACGCUGCCGCUCGGCUGGGCGGCGCGCUACCCGUGGCUCGCGACGAUGCUGCACCGCCCGCGUCCGCCAGCGGCCAGCACUGCGGCGCCCACGGCGGCCGAGCAGGCGGGCAUCGAGCGCCUCUCGGCCGCAGGCAUGGCCUCGCCCAUGCGCAACAACACGCCGGCGCCGUGGAACCCCAACUCGCCGCCAGAGAAGAUUCCGCGCAUCAUCCACCAGACGUGGAAGGACGACACGCUGCCGCCCAAGUGGCAGGCGGUGAGCGACGAGUGUCGCGCCAUGCACCCGGACUACGAGUACAUGCUCUGGUCAGACGCGGCCUCGCGCGAGUUCAUCGUGCAGCACUACCCCUGGUUCAUCAGCGUCUUCGACAACUACCCCUACGCGAUCCAGCGCGCCGAUGCGAUCCGCUACUUUGUGCUGCACAAGUACGGCGGCGUGUACAUCGACCUCGACGUCGGCUGUCUGCGGCGCUUCGACCCGCUGCUGCGCUUCGAGGUCAUCCUGCCAAAGACGAUUCCCGUGGGCGUGUCCAACGACAUUAUGUUUGCGGCGCGCGGCCAUCCGUUCAUGGAGCAGCUCAUCCACAAUCUCGUCACCUUCAACCACCAGUACCUCACCAACUACCCGACGGUCAUGUUCAGCACGGGCCCGAUGUUCGUCUCGGCCUCGUACGGCAUCUACGUCGAUGCCCAUGGCGCCGCCGUGCCCUCGCGGCCCUCUCAGCCCGCGGCGGGCUUCGAGGGCCUGCGCGUGCUGCCCAAGAGCCUGUACGGCAAGAAUGCCAAGCCGCUCGAGGCGCCCGAUGCCUUCUUCCGGCACUUCUACGGCUCGUCGUGGCACGCCAACGACGCCGGCUUCCUCAUCUUCCUGCGCGACCACGGCCGCUUCCUCAUGUUCCUCGGCGCCUGCGUCGUGGCGUGGGGCGCCGGCAAGACGCUGCUGCCGCGCCUGCUGCACGCGCUGGGCCACAAGCGACGAGGCCCGCGGCGGCCAGGCAUGGCGCGCAACGACUCGAGCGCGCGCUGGAUCAGUCUGCCGCUGCGCUCCGAGCCCGAAGCGCCAUCCUCUACGCGCAAUGCACGCACGCGCGGCGGGUACGAGAUGCUCUCUCGCGAUGCGCCCGCCGGCGCGCCGCGCGUCGCUGCACCGCGGCCACAGCGCUUCAGCGUGCCCAUGUUCGAUCUGGCAGAUCACGAUGGCGAGCAUUCCGACGAUGCCGAGAGCUCCGACUCGAACGAGGCGAGCGGCCCGCAGCAGGGCCUGCUGGCGUGGGCCGGCAGUGGCUUUGCGCGGCCCGCAUCGUCGAUGAGUGGACAGGGCGCCGGCAUGCCCCGCUCGGGCACGGCCAGCAAGAGCAAGAAGCCAUCUGCCGCCACGACUGCCACUUCCUCCGGCCUGCCAUCCAGCGGCACGCUGUACCUGCCUGCCUUCUUCGUCGGCGGCGGCAGCGGCAGUCCCGAGAGCGAUGCGUACUCGAGCGGCGGGCAUUCGCGCGGCAACAGCCUUGGCGCAUGGGCUGCUAGCCUACUGCCUCCGUCGUGGCGGGCCGCAUCGCCCAACCUCCCACGACGCACGCCGUCGCCAGCAGACUUUGACGUCGAGGCGCGUCCUGGCUCUGCCGACAUUGGCCCUCAGCCGCCCGCAGCUGCAGGCUCGGGCAAGUUUGCUCAGACGUGGACGCCGCAGGGCGAUGCGGCAAACGACGCACCGGUGCGGGCCACGCUGGCGCGCGCCAACACUCUGCAGCACACCGGUGCGCGCAGCCGGAGUAGCUCGUACAUUGCUCGACGAGGCUCCAGCGAUGCCGCACGCCUGGCUCCCGAUGCGCCACGCGGGCACUUCUCGAGUGCAUCGACAUCACGAGUCGGCGAUGACUCUGACGUGCCUCCGCCCUACGCGCCCAACUUCUCCUGGGCUCCCGGAGAGGGUUCAUCGUCGUCACCGAAUGGCUCGCCGUCUUUGGGCGUGUCCGAGCUCUCGGGCCCACACUCGGCAGCGAGCAGCUCGCACGCCAAGACGCGCUCGAGGCCGGGCCUCGUGAAGCGGCCAUCGCGAGGCACGUUGCGCAGCAUCACGCCGGCCGUCGUGCUGGACAUGGAGGCGGCAGCGGCGCAGGAUGCGAUUGAGGAGGACCAGGCGCAGGACGCUAGCUUCGUCUCAAGCACCGACUCGGAGAUGACGCCGCGAUAGAGGAGAGGGAUCGCGCACGGCAAACGAGCGCUCGGCCGCUCGCGUCUGCCCCGCGCCAUGUCACGCUGUGCGAC